GUAUAGUGGAAUACCUUCUUCUUUUGCCGGUAGCAAUUCACGCAAUGAAUUGCUUUCGUCGUAUAUAAAAGAAGCGAUUCGCAAGUUUUGCCCCACCAAUCGAAGUAAGAUCGGAACCCACUGCGGGGGCUCGCUGGAGAUGAAAGUCAAGGCGACCGGCAAGCGGAUUUUGCGACGCAGGAAGAGCAGCAAGAAGAGCCUGGAGAUCUAUCCCGCACCAAAUCAGGUGACGGAGGCCUCGCUCGAGAUAUGGCGCACACUACCGGCCGCGAUCCGGCAGGACCCCAGUCUGGCCUCGUUCCGGCAGGAGCACGAGCGGUUACAUGGUCCCGAUGACGAUCCGCUGCCGAACGAAGACUGUUCGGCGGAUGACGGUGACGACAAUAGCAAGGAGUUUAUCACAAUCAAAGUCACGAACCCCAGCCAGAAUGGUGACGGAACGGACAGUGCCAGUGGUAAACUGACGGCAACGACGACGGCGACGGCCACUCCUUCACCCCGGGCAGGCAACAAAAACCAGCAGAAUGGGGAGAAACAUGGUCACAAUACGACCAUGGACGGCCCCGAAGGAGACGAACACGAGGUCACCAUGCACAGUAUGCAUGGCCACCCGCAUCAACAGCACGGCAAGGUGUUCAGCUAUGUCAAGAUCUCGGCCCUGUUGGUGGUGUGGCUCAUCUUCACCGGAUUUUUGAUGUCCAAGAACGAGAAGGAACUGGAACCCCGUCAAAUGUCGAUCCCCGAGGGGAGGAUCAGAACGUAUAUUCUACCAGAGACACCCCCUGGAUCCAGGGUAGGAAUCUACCUCAAAGGUGCCUUCCUCAACGAUCAGCAGCACAACAUGACGAGCAACUACGUCUCGGUGAACCUGCAGCUGCUGUACACCCAUAGCAAUAGCUCUAACCUCACGAACAUCCAGGACCACGAUGUGAAACAUGUGGAGAACGUUACCGACGCCUGGUUAGUACCGGUUCCGGUCUACCCCGACCAGAUGGACCGAAUGGACGAGAUCACGCGCAAACACGUGUUCGACAUCGGCACUGCGAGCCACAAAAAGGUGUCCAACGGGAAGGCGGUCAUCCGGGUGCACAUGUCCAGCAAUGUGGAUGCCGACGUUCCCGUCAAGUUCACCUUCGACCCGACACCGAUCGACAAGGAAACGGGCGUCAUCUACGCUGCGAUCGUACUGCUAGGACUGUACGUUCUCAUCAUUUGGGAGAUAGUGAACCGUACCUUCGCAGCCAUGAUUGCGUCCACGUUGGCCAUCGGUGUCCUCGCGGCAAUGGACGAACGGCCCAGUAUGCCGAAGUUGAUCUCGUGGAUCGACGUGGAAACGUUGCUACUGCUGUUCGGAAUGAUGAUCAUGGUCGCGAUCCUCUCGGAGACCGGUAUCUUUGAUUUCUUGGCAGUAUACGCCUACCAGGUCACUAACGGUAGAGUUUGGCCACUGAUCAAUUGUCUGUGCAUUUUUACGGCCGUCCUGUCGUCGUUCCUGGACAACGUUACUACCGUACUUCUAAUGACACCGGUUACGAUAAGACUUUGCGAGGUGAUGGAGUUAAAUCCGGUGCCGGUACUGAUGUCGAUGGUCAUCUACUCGAACGUCGGAGGCACGCUGACGCCGGUUGGCGAUCCGCCAAAUGUCAUCAUCGCCUCCAACAGUUACAUUUCCAAGAAUGGAGUCAAUUUCGCCACCUUCACGCUGCACAUGGCAAUCCCGAUCGCGAUCGUAAUGGUCACGACGUACUUCCAGCUGCGCAUGAAGUUCAAGACGAUCAGCGAUCUGCGGUUUAGCGAACCGCAAGAUGUCCAGGAGAUCCGCCACGAGAUUGCCGUCUGGCAACGUGCAGCCGCGUCGCUGUCGUCCUACUCCAAGGACGAAGAUCUGGUACGCGAAACGCUGCUCAAAAAGGUCAACAAGCUGUCCCGAUCGCUGAAGAAGAAACUCGUUAGCGGCUCGGUCCCGGUCGAAUACAAAACUACCCUGGAGGAACUGAAGAACAAGUACCCGAUCAGGAACAAAGUGCUGCUGGUCAAGUCCGCAGUGACACUGGUGUUCGUGAUCACUUUCUUCUUCCUGCACUCAGCCCCGGAUAUACAGAAGCUGUCCCUGGGUUGGACUGCCCUACUGGGAGCUGUUCUGCUGCUGAUCCUUGCCGAUAGGGAAGACAUCGAAUCGGUGAUCGCCCGCGUGGAGUGGUCCACCCUGCUGUUCUUUGCUGCCUUAUUCAUCCUGAUGGAAGCGCUCGCCGAGCUCGGGCUGAUCGAGUGGAUCGGAAAGCAGACGGAGAAUGUUAUUUUAUCCGUAUCGGAAGAAUCUCGUCUAGCUGUUGCCAUAUUACUCAUUCUCUGGGUAUCUGCAUUCGCAUCCGCCUUCGUCGACAAUAUUCCGCUGACGACGAUGAUGGUGAAGAUCGCCAUCGGCCUUGCCGAGAACGAAGCGCUCGAUUUGCCCCUCAAACCCCUCGUUUGGGCACUCGCCUUAGGAGCCUGCUUAGGAGGAAACGGUACACUGAUCGGUGCCUCCGCCAACGUAGUAUGCGCCGGAGUUGCUGAGCAACACGGCUAUAGGUUUACCUUCAUAGAAUAUUUCAAAGUCGGUUUUCCAGUGAUGGUCGGCAGCGUAAUCGUGUCCACCGUGUAUCUGCUGUUCGCCCACGUAGUUUUCACCUGGCAUUGAUCCGCUGGGAUCCCGGAAUCUUGUACCGUCAUCGAAUCCUCGUGCGCUGCCAUAGAUUGAAGGUCGACGUUCGCGGUCAUUUGGAGCAAAUUCGAUUCCGCACGAGAGCUUCCCAGAGCACCGGACCGAACCCUGCGCGACUGGAAAGCAUAGAACAAAUGAUGUGAUAUCCUUCCGAAAUCCCAAUCAACUGUUUAGAAAUUACACACUACUGUUUACGUUAACGAUCAUUAGCACAUUAGGAAGGGAAGCAGAGCAGACCCUGGCGCACAGAACUAAGAGCAAGCUGAAUCCCCCUCCGCCAAGCGGACAAAAUGUCAAUUUCAUCGGUAUGAUUGAAUCAGCCCAAACCCUAAACUAAGCUGAGUUAGUUUACCCUAAGAUAUGAAAAGUAGGUUCGACUCAUCGUAGCAAGCCGAUACUCCUCAGUGAGCGUCUUGUCUCCGAUUGCAUGAAAACUCCCCGCCCUCUUCGAUCCAAAACUAUCCGCAUCCUUUUCAACUCUUUAUUUCGUUUCAAUGCUCGUUUACUCAUUAAGUCCCUUGUUCAUAACAAAUUAGAUGCUAAUGGAUAUUUUUUUGUUUAUUUUCUGUUUUGUAUUGAAUAUUUACAAACUAAAGUGUUGAAACUAGUUACGUAGUAUCUCAGCUCUAAACAAAACUAUAUAUUUGAGUUAGUUAGUUCAAAAUAGCUAGAAAAUUAGCUGAUUAAAACACAACUGUAUAAUAAAUAUCUUAUUUAAUAAUAAAAAAAAAGAAAGCAGAAACGACAUUCCACAAAAAAGAAACUAAACCUCUCAAGAAGAGUACGGAAAGAAAUGUCUAAAAACAAUCGAAAGUCGCAAAGAGUAAGAAAAACAAGAGACACGUUUAUCAUAAGGAAAAAUGAAGUAUAUUUUUAGAAUUAAAAUUUACUAUUAGCAAGCAGCCAGAUUGCUAAACUCCUACUGCGAAAGUCAGCAGAGAAACAACAGGAAGAGAGAUUUGCGAGUGGAAGUGUAGAACUCACCGAGAAGCCGAUCAAUAAAAAAUACUAAAACAAAACCAAGCUAGUGAGUUAUUUAAAACGAUUACUGUUUGCAUUAAAAUCAACUCUAUACAAUACAAUUCGAGCUGCUUUCGACCAGUUGCCAUUUGAUUGCGUUUCAUUACGACUGGAUCUGGGUAUGAAUUCAUCGGAAACCGAAUCAGGACGGAAGUGGAGCGGAAGGCAUUGGAGACCGGAAGUGUCAGACAACCAAUCGAAUUUAGGCUCAUAGCCACAUCAAACCCGGAUAAAAUCUGUCCGAAGCUGGGGAAACGGGAAUGUCUUCUGAAGAAUGGGAGAGUGUUAUGUACAGUUCUUAUGUUAUCCUACGGAUAGAAAACAGCAGCGUAAGGAGACGCAAGUAUGAAACGAAAAGAGACAGAGAAUCAGAACACCACCACCCGUGAGAGCGAGCGCGUAAAGAUUGAAACUAAAUUGAAGAAAAAAUAACUGUGAAUGAAAACUGUUAAAGCAACCUAUUUGUGCAGAAAUAGGACAAAUAAGGCGAAGCUAGUAGGAAAUUUAUAUU